CAUUCAAAGCCGGCGGACUGCGCGGCCGCUGCGGAGACGCGCCCACCCGCCCCAGCGCUGCGCCUGUCAGCCAGGGGUCCGCAGCCACCGCUCCGUGUCUCUGCCAGGACCAUGUCGCGCCUGGUGGCGCGCGGGCCCCCGGGGUUCUUGGCUCAUCUCAUCGGUGGCACCUGGUGCCUCCUCUGUGUCGCCGGACAGGUAUGUGGAGACCAAAGCCAAGGGGCUGUUUUCCUGCGGGAAUUCACACUGAUUCGAAGAGAGAGCCUUCAUGAAGAUUUCCUGUCUGACUUCUUGAAUAGUCACAAAACUGAAGACCCGAGUUCCAGGACCGCACGCUCAGAGGAGGACCGUGAAGGCCUCUGGGAUGCCUGGGGCCCUUGGAGUGAGUGCUCCCGCACCUGUGGUGGGGGUGCCUCCUACUCCCUGAGGCGCUGCCUGAGCAGCAAGAGCUGUGAAGGAAGAAAUAUUCGAUAUAGAACAUGCAGUAAUGUGGACUGUCCACCAGAAGCAGGCGAUUUUCGAGCUCAGCAGUGUUCUGCUCAUAAUGAUGUCAAGUACCAUGGCCAGUUUUAUGAAUGGCUUCCUGUGUCUAAUGAUCCUGACAACCCAUGUUCACUCAAGUGUCAAGCCAAAGGAACCAGCCUGAUCGUUGAACUAGCACCAAAGGUCUUAGAUGGUACACGAUGCUAUACAGAAUCGCUGGAUAUGUGCAUCAGCGGCUUAUGCCAAAUUGUUGGCUGUGAUCAUCAGCUGGGAAGUACCGUCAAGGAGGAUAACUGUGGGGUCUGCAACGGAGAUGGGUCCACCUGCCGGCUGGUCCGAGGGCAGUAUAAAUCCCAGCUCUCUGCAACUAAAUUGGAUGACACCGUGGUUGCCAUACCUUAUGGAAGCAGACACAUCCGCCUCGUCUUGAAGGGGCCAGAUCAUUUGUAUCUGGAAACCAAGACACUCCAAGGGACUAAAGGUGAAAACAGUUUGAGCUCUACAGGAACUUUCCUUGUGGACAAUUCUACGGUGGACUUCCAGAAACUUCCAGACAAAGAGAUACUGAGGAUGGCUGGGCCACUGACAGCAGAUUUCAUCAUCAAGAUCCAUGACUCGGGGCCUGCAGACAGCACGGUCCAGUUCAUCUUCUACCAGCCUAUCAUCCACCGAUGGAGGGAAACGGACUUCUUUCCAUGCUCAGCAACCUGUGGAGGAGGUUACCAGCUGACGUCGGCUGAGUGCUAUGAUCUCCGGAGCAGCCGUGUGGUUGCUGACCAGUACUGUCACUACUAUCCAGAGAACAUCAAACCCAAACCCAAGCUUCAGGAAUGCAACUUGGAUCCUUGUCCAGCCAGUGACGGAUACAAGCAGAUCAUGCCUUAUGACCUCUACCAUCCCCUUCCUCGGUGGGAGGCCACCCCGUGGACCGCGUGCUCCUCCUCGUGUGGGGGGGGCAUCCAGAGCCGGGCAGUUUCCUGUGUGGAGGAGGACAUCCAGGGGCAUGUCACUUCAGUGGAAGAGUGGAAAUGCAUGUACACCCCUAAGAUGCCCAUCGUGCAGCCCUGCAACAUUUUUGACUGCCCUAAAUGGCUGGCACAGGAGUGGUCUCCGUGCACAGUGACAUGUGGCCAGGGCCUCAGGUACCGUGUGGUCCUCUGCAUUGACCACCGAGGAAUGCACACAGGAGGCUGCAGUGCGAAAACAAAGCCCCACAUAAAAGAAGAAUGCAUCAUACCCACGCCCUGCUACAAACCCAGAGAGAAACUUCCAGUAGAGGCCAAGCUGCCAUGGUUCAAGCAAGCCCAGGAGCUAGAGGAAGGAGCUGCUGUGUCUGAAGAGCCUUCGUUCAUUCCAGAAGCCUGGUCGGCCUGUACUGUCACCUGUGGUGUGGGGACCCAGAUGCGAGUAGUAAGAUGCCAGGUGCUCCUGUCUUUCUCUCAGUCUGUGGCUGACCUGCCUGUGGAUGAAUGUGAAGGACCCAAGCCCGCAUCGCAGCGCGCCUGUUAUGCAGGACCAUGCAACGGGGAAAUUCCGGAGUUUCACCCAGAUAAUGCAGACGGACUCUUGGGUGACCUGCAGGACCUGGACGAGCUGUAUGACUGGGAAUAUGAGGGCUUCACCAAGUGCUCUGAGUCAUGUGGAGGAGGUGUCCAGGAGGCUGUGGUGAGCUGCCUGAACAAACAGACCCGGGAACUUGCUGAUGAGAACCUUUGCGUGACCAGCCGGCGGCCCCCACAGCUCCUGAAAUCCUGCAAUUUGGAUCCUUGCCCAGCAAGGUGGGAAAUUGGCAAGUGGAGCCCAUGUAGUCUCACCUGUGGGGUUGGCCUGCAGACCAGGGAUGUUGUCUGCUCCCACCUACUUUCAAGAGAGAUGAACGAAGUGGUUGUCCUGGCUGAUGAGCUGUGUCACCACCCCAAACCAAGCACAGUACAAGCCUGCAACCGCUUCAAUUGCCCCCCAGCCUGGUACCCUGCGCAAUGGCAGCUGUGUUCCAGGACCUGCGGAGGAGGAGUUCAGAAACGUGAUGUUCUUUGCAAACAGCGCAUGGCUGAUGGCAGCUUCCUGGAGCUUCCGGAGACCUUUUGUGCAGCCUCCAAACCAACCUCCCAGCAAGAAUGCAAGAAGGACGACUGCCCCAGUGAGUGGCUUCUCUCAGACUGGUCAGAGUGCUCUGUGAGCUGUGGGGAGGGCACCCAGACUCGAAGUGCCAUUUGCCGGAGGGUGCUGAAAACCGGGGCCUCCACUGUUGUCAAUUCCACCCUGUGUCCUCCCCUGCCCUUCUCUUCCUCCAUCAGACCCUGCAUGCUGGCAACCUGUGCAAGGCCUGGAAGGCCUUCCACGAAGCACAGCCCUCACAUCGCAGCUGCACGAAAUAUAUACAUCCAGACCCGCAGGCAGAGGAAGCUGCAUUUCGUGGUGGGAGGAUUUGCUUAUCUGCUUCCCAAAACCACUGUGGUGCUCCGGUGUCCCACACGCAGAUUCCGCAAGCCCCUCAUCACCUGGGAGAAAGAUGGCCAGCACAGCAUCAGCUCUGCUCACGUCACAGUGGCCCCUUUCGGCUACCUGAAGAUCCAUCGCCUCAAGCCCUCAGAUGCCGGCAUCUACACCUGUUCUGCAGGGCCCGCCCGGGAGCAGUUUGUAAUUAAGCUCAUUGGAGGAAACCGCAAGCUUGUGGCCAGGCCCCUGAGCCUUUGGAGUGAGGAGGAGGAGGCCCUGCCGGUGAGGAAGGCCAAUCCAAAGGAGGUCUUGCAAACCCACAAACACCAAAAUGGUAUCUUCUCCAAUGGCAGCAAGGCUGAGAAGCGCGGCCUUACUGCAGACCCCGGGAACCGCUAUGAUGACAUCGUGUCUAGGCUGCUGGAGCAGGGCGGCUGGCCAGGAGAGCUCCUGGCCUCGUGGGAGGUGCAGGACUCCGCAGAAAGGAACGCAUCCUUUGAGGAGGAUCCCAGUACUGAACAGGCUCUCUUGCAUCUGCCCUUCACCAUGGUGGCUGAGCAGAAGCGCCUGGAUGACAUCCUCAGGAACCUGUCCCAGCAGCCUGAGGAGCUACGAGACCUCUACAGCAAGCACCUGGUGGCCCAGCUGGCCCAAGACAUCUUCCGCAGUCACCUGGAGAAUCAAGACAUGCUUCACAAGCCCUCUGAGCAGAGGUUUUCUCCCGUGGCCAUCCCACCUCAUAAACACGUCUCUAGCUUCAGCAGCUCCCUAAGGAGCUCGUCUGGGGAAGCUGGGAGUGGCUCCCGCAGGCCUCACCGCAAGCCCACCAUCUUGCGAAAGAUCUCAGCAGCACAGCAGCUUUCAGCCUCCGAGGUGGUCACCCACCUGGGGCAGACUGUGGCUCUAGCUAGCGGGACCCUGAGUGUGCUUCUGCACUGUGAGGCAGUAGGCAACCCAAGGCCUACCAUCCACUGGACCAAGAAUGGAGAAGCGGUUCAGUUCAGUGACAGGAUUCUUCUACAGCCAGAUGACUCCUUACAGAUCUUGGCACCAGUGGAAGCUGAUGUGGGUUUCUAUACUUGCAAUGCCACAAAUGCCUUGGGAUAUGACUCUGUCUCCAUUGCUGUCACACUAGCAGGAAAGCCACUAGUGAAAACGUCUCGAAUGACUGUGCUCAACACAGAGAAGCCUGCAAUCACGGUGGAUAUCGGUGGCACCAUCAGAACAGUGCGAGGAGUGAAUGUGACAAUUAACUGCCAAGUGGCAGGUGUGCCUGAAGCUGAAGUCACUUGGUUCAGAAAUACAAGCAAACUGGGCUCCUCCCAGCAUCUGCAUGAGGGCUCCUUGCUGCUCACAAACGUGUCCUUCUCUGAUCAGGGCCUAUAUUCCUGCAGGGCAGCCAAUCUUCACGGAGAGCAGACUGAGGGGACACAGCUCCUGAUUCUAGAUCCCCCCCAAGUCCCCACACAGUUGGAAGACAUCAGGGCCUUGCUCUUAGCCACUGGACCGAACCUUCCUUCAGUGCUGAUGUCUCCUCUGGGAACACAGCUGGUCCUGGAUCCUGGGAAUUCAGCUCUCCUUGGCUGCCCCAUCAAAGGUCACCCCACCCCCAAUAUCACCUGGUUCCAAAAUGGCCGGCCAAUUGCCGCUGCCCCAGGGCUCACCCACCACAUCUGGGGAGCUGGGCAGAUCCUCCGGGUUGCAAAUCUCAGUGGAGGGCCUCAAGGGGAGUUCAGCUGCCUGGCUCAGAACGAAGCAGGAACGCUCAUGCAGAAAGCAUCUUUGGUGAUCCAAGAUUACUGGUGGUCUGUGGACAGACUGGCCACCUGCUCAGCAUCUUGUGGUAAUAGAGGGGUUCAUCAGCCCCGCCUCAGGUGUUUGCUGAACAACACCGAGGUUGACCCUGAGCACUGUGCGGGAAAGCCUCGGCCUGCCGUUCAGCCUGUUGCCUGCAACCGCAGAGACUGUCCUUCUCGGUGGAUGGUAACUUCCUGGUCUGCCUGUACCCGGAGCUGUGGUGGAGGUGUCCAGACCCGGCGAGUGACCUGUCAGAAGUUGAAAGCUUCUGGGAUCUCUACCCCAGUGUCCAACGACAUGUGCACCCAACUGGCCAAACGGCCUGUGGACACCCAAGCCUGUAACCAACAGCUGUGUGUGGAAUGGGCUUUCUCCAGCUGGGGCCAGUGCAACGGGCCUUGCAUAGGCCCUCGCCUUGCCGUGCAACACAGACAAGUCUUUUGCCAGACCCGGGAUGGCAUCACCUUACCAUCAGAGCAGUGCAGUGCUCUCCCCAGGCCUGUGAGCACCCAAAACUGCUGGUCAGAGGCCUGCAGUGUACACUGGAGGGUCAGCCUAUGGACCCUGUGCACAGCGACCUGUGGCAACUAUGGUUUCCAGUCCCGACGGGUGGAGUGUGUUCACGCCCGCACCAACAAGGCUGUGCCCGAGCACCUGUGUUCCUGGGGGCCCCGGCCCGCCAACUGGCAACGCUGUAACAUCACUCCAUGUGAAAACAGUACGUUCCAAUCCCAAAGAACAUUCUGCAAAUUCCCCACAGGUCAUCGGGUACAGAGGGCAAUCCCCAGGACUGAGCCUGAACACGGGGCAUUGGAUCAAGUUCCCUAAGGAUUGUGAGCUGGGGCCAGAAUUGAACAUUUUAAGUGGGUGUGUGCAAGGAUGUGUGUACACAUGUUCAGACCACAAAAGAUGCCAGGAUGUGUCCCAGGGGCUUCCACUGUCUUCCUCCUGAGCUCAGAGAGAGCCAAGGGCUGGAUAAAAUUGCCCUCCACCUCAUCUGCAGUCAACCUGGCUGGUGCCCACAGGGGAAGACAAACAAUGGUUCACAAGGACCAGGCUACUAAAGACAGAACACUGGUAGCACUGAAGAAGCAUGCAGAGUGCCUGCUGCUCAGCCAGCCCUGUACCCAUCAUUGUUCUACUUCACACCAAACAAGGACCUGCUGACCCCCCUUCCUUCCCGGCCCACGUGCAUCCACUGGAAUGGAACGGGAGACCGUGCCCCUGGGUUCCGACAGUCUUUCUAUCCCCUCCCCACUCGGGUCUGGAGCCUCUCAGCCCCAAACCAGUAUCUGUAUUCUAACCGGAUAGGGAUCUAGUCUCUCCUCCUUAGGGCCCCAAACCUAAAUUGGAGAUAAUUCCUCACAAAAGGUGAUGAUAAAUCUUUACAAAGACUAGACAAUUAGAAAAAAAAAUAUAAGAGUCCAAUAUUCCCCCUCAACGAUCUUCACUGAGCAAUCGGUUCCCCACAAAGUGGCAGAUAGCCCAUCCCGUUUGACCCACUGGCAGAUGUAUGAUCGUUUUACUCUGGUGAUGUUUACAUCUGAUGCUCCUGUCAGAUGGUUGUCAUAUUCAGAAAGUGCCAGUGUGUGGUACAAGGAGUUAAAAAGUUUACCGGGUACAGGCUGCACCAGUGUUUAAGAAUUGGAAUGUCAGGAAGGCCCGAUGAGCUGAAGCACGAGAGGCCUGGGUGAAGAAAAGAAAGCCGAACAGGGAAAGUGAGGUCCACGCACCCGAAGAUAGAGACCUUCAGCCAGGCCCUUGCAUGUAUGCUCUUUCACAGGGAACAGGAUUCUGUCCUUCUGGGAACCAUAUCUCACGAAAAUACCAAAAGCCAAUGGGGAAAACAGCGAGCAAGGAAGUGAGGUUGUCCCAAAAGGAGGGGGUGAGAAUUGCCACUCUGAAGUAGAAGUGGCUAUCGGAAGCAAAGGUGGCCCUGAGAUCGGCCCCAUCAAUCCACCAGACAACUUGCAGGCUGGUGGGGAAGGGAACGGCAGGUGGCAAAGGGCUGAGCUCUGCCACAGGGAAAGCUGUCCAAAGGGGCUGAAGAACCAUGGGCAAGGCAGACCCCACAGGCAUCUUGCCAAGUAGCUAGGCUGCUCAGCAGCAGCUGCAUCCAUGAGCCUCUGUUUCACAUCUCCUUUCUGUCCCCCUCCUCCCUCCCGCUUUCCCAGCUGAGUGCAGAGACACCACCAGGUACUGCGAGAAGGUGAGGCAGUUGAAACUCUGCCAGCUCGGCCAGUUCCGAUCUCGCUGCUGUGGAACAUGUGGCAAGGCUUGAAGACAGGGAACAGGGAUGAACUCUGCCCUGGCCACACCAAGGACUCAUCCAGCCACCCUUGAACAUGACUUACGCUUUCUUCCUUCUAUUUAUUUAUUUGCCCCUCCCCACACACCCAUGUCCACCUGCACCCGUGCUCCUAAGGACCUUGGCAUAUUUUCUUAUUCAGUUAGCUGGAACAAGCGUUGAGAACAGAAAAAGAGCUGUCUAAAGGGGGUUGCAGAGCAGGCCAGGCAGACAGCAGCUCCCUUGUAGAGCUGGCUCCUUCCCAAUCAGAGUCUCAGAGACACAGGAAGAGAAAGCCAUAGUGCAUAGGGACAGCAGGGAGCUGGGGUUUAUAACACACAGGUACAGGCACAGGCCAACCAGGACUGUCAUUCCUUUGUUUCCUGGGUGGUAUGAUGGUAAGAACAAGGGGAACACCAUACUGGAGCAGAAACCAGGUCAGAAAUCCAGUUCUUCUGGGGAACCAAGAAAGAAGAGAACUCAACCGUGGACAGACGUUACAAAGGAGACAAGCAAACUAGACAGAAGGCAUACAGUUAUACAAGAGACAGAGGCAGGGAAGAAGUGGGAGGAGCUAGCAGGCAGAACAGAUGUUCAAGCAGCCACAGGAAACUCCUCUGACAGGCCUGUGCCUUGGUACAUGCACACUCCUAUAGGUUCAGCAGAAGUGGGAGGGAUAUUGAGCAUCUUCUCAGGGUACCCAUGCUGCGUGAUAGAAGGUGUGCUCUUCAUGUGGUUUGGAAGUGCCUCUGCUCCCUACCCUAUCAAGUAACCUUUGUUACACAACAAGGGGGUCAGGGUCUGGCUGUGUAGUAAGGCUGGCUCCAACAUCUCUGUAUUUUAAAUCAAGGGUUGCUAUCCCCCAACUAACUGCUGCUGUGGGCCAUGGGCAUCUGAGCCUGAGUACUCCACGUUUUCCACCUCAGUGACUUUGCUGCUCCAUGUUAGGCCAGGGACUAGAAUCAUUGCUCACAAAGGACUCAUUAAGCAAUCUGUUGGCUGGCAAACAUCUAUAGGUGUAACAACCCUUCCCACUAGAGUUGGCCAGGGAACAGAAUAGGACAGAGUGCUUUACUUAUCCCAGCCAUCACACAUUGGGCCUAUGGGCCGUUCCUCUACAACAGAAGAGCUGCUGUGUGUCCUAUUUACACAGAAAGCUGGGGGUAGAGGUGGGGGUAAUAGAGUGCUAUAGCAAAGCAAAAGGAUAGCUAAAAACUCACAAGACAGUCCUCAAAAGCUUUCCAACCACCCUCCUGACACAAAUGCUAUCCACCAGACUGAGUGAAUGGCCCACUCAGCAGGCCAAGCAGCACACACGAUUCAGCAACACACAUUAGCUAUGGAUAAGGCUAAAACGGAAGCCCUUGGCAAAUCCUCAUUCAGCAGAGAAAGCUUCAACACUAAUAUUUACUUCCUCCCCUGAGCAGCCAGAGCCCAGUACUCAUCAGAUGAACCACCCCUCCCAUACAUACUCGCCAAAUGCUAUCGCCCCAGGGCCACCACCGACAUCAGGGCUGCAUUUCCGAGCCAUCCCAGAAGUUAGGUUUGGAAGAUGGUGUUCAUUAUCUGUGUCUUCCCUAGGUGUGCUGUGGACAGUUAGGGUGGGCUUCUUCCUCAUUACAAAAAUAGGCUCUAAGAAAUUGUGUUACUAAAAAUCAGUGUAAUGUUUAUUUAAAAUAAAAGAGUGUUUCUAUGUGUAUCUUUUGUGAAUAUUUAUUAGGAUUUCUUGUACAAAAAGUGCAAUAUUAGUAAUUGUACAUUGUCAUCCAGAAAAAAAAACUCUUCUGGGGAUUUUUAUUAACUUCCUGCAGCUGUGUUCCUAAAAACUCUGUGGUGAUAAUUGUAUUCUUUCUAAUCUUAAAAGAAACAAAACUGGUGUUUAACUCUAAUCCAUUAUUCACUAUGUACAGAGUAUAUUAUAAAAGAUAAUGUGGGAUGGGGACAAUAAAAGUGGAUUUGUUUGUGACACUAGUUAUAUAUGGAACAAACACAAAUUCUGUAAUACUAAUACAGUUGGUUAGUUCAGUAGCUAUUAAAAAUUGGUGGUCAGUGUUUGAAUUUCCUAAAAGGCAGGCAUCUUCCAGCUCUGCCACGUGUCAGAAUGUGAGGUUGGAAGUGCCUUCCCAAACUAGUUGGCGAGCUUAGGUUUGGAAUGGAAAGCAGUGUGCUCCUUGCAUGAGAUGAAUGUACAUUUAAUAUUUGUUCUGUGAAUUGCGACUCAGCAGUGCCACAAAUUAUUGGGGCUGCUGGAUAAUGUGGAAGGAGGCACUUCCUCCUCUAAAACACGAAACUGUAUUUAUAUUUUUUGUACAGAUAAUACAGCUUAUUUA